AUGAAGCUCGCUGUCAUCCUCACCCUGGCCUCCCUUGCUCUCUGCUGCAGCCUUGCUUCAGCAGAGAUCUGCCCAGGCUUCCUGAAUGUCAUCAAAACCCUCUUCGUGGGCACGCUUUCCAGUUACGAGGCUGCGCUUGAGUUUUUCGUCCCAGACGCAGACAUGAAAGAUGGGAUGAUCCAGCUGAGGAAUCUGGUGGACACCCUCCCCUCAAACACCACAGAGAACAUCCUCAAGUUCACGGUAACAAGCUCCUUUCCCCCUGUGCCUCUUAGCAGCGGAUCCCCCCAGUCCCUAGGCUACAGCCUCGCCCCAUUUUUUUGGAGCCGUUUCUAAUCCAGAAAGGAAAAUCCCAGUGCAAAUAGUCCUUCCGGAAGCAGACUCGGUCCUCUUACCCUUUUUAAGAGGUUUCUGAGACAUAAUCAAAACUCUUACAAGCUUAGUUCUUUCUCAAGCUACUGACCCUCUUAAUGGACAUUG